AUGCCAUUCUCCCACCACAGCCAUUCCGGCCAGUUCUGUCCCGGCCAUGCAAAGGACUCCCUGGAGGAAGUAAUCCAGGCAGCAAUCAGCAAGAAAAUGCAAGUUUUCUGCUUAACAGAGCACAUGCCCCGACACAAAGAAGACUUCUACCCAGAAGAGAUCGAGGCGGGGCAAACAGAAGAGUGGCAUGAAAGUAACGAAGCAGCCUACUGGGAAGAAGCCACAAGACUACGCGCCAAAUACGCUUCACAGAUCCAGAUCAUUAUUGGAUUCGAGUGUGAUUGGAUUCGCCCUGAAUCAAGGGAUCUAAUUGACCGCUCGCUCAGUCGAUUCCCCUUUGAGUUCUUCGUGGGAUCCAUCCACCAUAUGCAUACUGUGCCGAUCGACUUUGAUAGACCAAUGUAUGAGCAGGCGCGCGAACUUGCAGGUGGUACAGAUGAGCGCUUAUUCGAAGACUAUUUCGAUUCCCAGUUGGAGAUGCUGCAGCAUUUGAAACCGCUGGUUGUGGGUCAUUUUGAUCUGAUUCGGCUUAAAAGUGAUGAUAUGGAGCGGAGUUUUAUGACUUGGCCCGGUGUUUGGAGUCGGAUUCUGAGGAAUCUGGACUUCAUUGCUUCUUACGGUGGCAUGUUAGAACUGAAUGGGGCGGCGUUGAGGAAGGGGAUGAGUGAGCCGUAUCCCAAGGCUGAGAUUUGCAAGGAAUUUAUUGCUCGGGGAGGUCGACUUUGCCUCUCUGAUGACAGUCAUGGAGUCGACCAGGUUAGUCUGAACUUCCACCGUGUGCUGGAGUUCCUGGACUGCACAGGCAUCUCAGAGCUGCACUAUUUGCAGAUGGUGGAGCAGUCAGAAACAUUCAUUGCGCCCGACGCGCGCUUCCCACGGACACAAGUGGCAUCGAUCUCUUUGGAUGAGGUGAAACAGAUGGCUUUUUGGAAAACCGUAUAG